GGUACUGUUGGUGAAGUGUACAACAUUGGGACACGCAAGGAAAGGCGUGUCAUCGACGUCGCUCGGGAUAUUUGCCGAAUGGUUGGCCUAGACCCAGAGCAGGUUGUCAAGUUUGUUGAGAAUAGGCCAUUCAACGACCAAAGAUACUACUUGAACGAUCAGAAGCUCAAGUCUCUUGGCUGGGAAGAGAGAACUUCGUGGGAGGUAGGGCUCAAGAAGACUCUCAAUUGGUACAAGAACAACGUUGGAUAUUGGGGAGACAUCUCUGGUGCUCUUGUACCGCACCCCAGGAUGCUCACAGGGUACAGCAUCGGAAGGUCGUCAUCAAAUCCCGAUUCACUUGAAGAAUCCGGUGCUCCAGAUUGUCAAGUCAAGGAGACGAAGUUUCUGAUUUACGGUAAAACUGGAUGGAUCGGUGGCCUGCUGGGAAAUUUGUGCAAGGAGAAGGGGAUUCCGUUUGAAUAUGGCCUCGCGAGACUGGAAGACCGGCGUGCAAUUGAAGCGGACAUCCUUCGGGCUGAGCCAACGCACAUCUUCAACGCAGCAGGAGUUACAGGCCGUCCGAACGUGGACUGGUGCGAGAGCCAUCAGGUUGAAACGAUUCGAGCAAACGUUGUUGGUGUUUUGACCCUCGCUGAUGUCGCAAGGAACCAUGGAGCUCUGGUAGUGAACUUUGCAACUGGCUGCAUCUUCGAGUACGACAAAUCUCAUCCGACGGGAAGUGGGGUUGGCUUCAAGGAGACAGAUUCCGCAAAUUUCUUUGGAUCCUUCUACUCUAGGACCAAAGGAAUGGUGGAGGAGCUGCUGAAAUCGUAUGACAACGUCUGCACUCUGCGGGUUCGCAUGCCCAUCUCUUCCGACUUGUCCAAUCCAAGAAACUUCAUCACCAAGAUCACCCGCUACCAGAAGGUCGUGAACAUUCCGAACUCCAUGACGGUGCUUGAUGAACUUUUACCAAUCGCGAUUGAGAUGGCGAAACGAAACCUGACAGGGAUCUGGAACUUCACAAACCCUGGAGUGAUCAGCCACAACGAGAUUCUCGACCUUUACAAGAAGUACAUCGAUCCUGCGUUCACGUACACCAAUUUCACCAUCGAGGAUCAGGCGAAGGUCAUUGUGGCUGCUCGCAGCAAUAACGAGCUUGAUGCAUCAAAGCUGAAGGCGGAAUUUCCGGAGCUUCUCGACAUCAAGGCGUCUGUGAUCAAGUAUGUCUUCGAAGCAAACGCGAAGGUAGCCAAGUAA